AAUAUGACCAGAUUGCUCAGCAUUGUUUGUAAACAUAGCUUAUUUAUUCAACGCGACAUGCUGAGGCAUUUGAACGUUUAGUUUUUAAUAUUAUCGGGUAAUAUGAGCUUCCAUCCCAUUCAAACUAAGGCAUCGCUAUCGUCGAAAAAAGAUAGUGAAAGUGAAUUCAGCGUGACCGUUUUCGAGUCCAAGAAGUCCAAUACUAGAAGGCACAAGAUACCUGAAUUUCAACCUGCGGACCGCCUUUCGGAAGAUGAGAAUGGCGUGGACCAAGAUGAUAUUGACGAUAUUUUCUCGGACGCUCGGAAACGAAAACGUAAGGUUAAGGAAGAUCCGCGGAAAUUCGACAUAAGCACGGCACGGAAGGAGAUAAUCAAUUUUGGUAUUUCGGGAUUCGACAAGGAAACCAAGCAUCAGGCAAAAAUUGCCCUGGCAAUAAAACUUGGCGCCAAGCCACCGAAAAAAGGGUACCGUAAUUAUAAGGAAAUUCUAGAGGAAAGGAAACGAGAAAAGGAGGAGUGUGAUCGUUCCAAUCGUCGAAAACUAGGUCAAAGCUUCGGGGCGGCCAAAUCCUUCCAGCAGCAGAAGCAACGCUUACGUCAGAGGGCGUCAAACCCUAACUCAGUGACUAAACACUACGGAGUGGUGAAUCCGAAAAUUGAUGAUAAAAAGAAGAAAAAGAAGUAAAGUAUUCAGAUCCAUUGUAUUGAAACUCUUGUAAUUGGUAUUUGAAAUGU